UUGCAGUGGUUCCUGAAGCAUGCGUUUGCCGAUAUUACUGGCACUUCUGGGCCUCUUCGUCCAUAAUGCCUAUCUACAGUCGUUGAAUUGUUAUGUCCCAGCCGACAUCAUGAUCUUAUUGGACGGCUCCGACUCCAUUCAGGACCGUGAUUGGAUCAAAAUGAAGGAGUUCGUCAAACUUCUUAUCGAUAAUUUCGAUAUCGCCCGAGACGCCAUACACCUCGGUAUGGUGGUCUACAGCUCUAGAAUCGGAGAUCAUAUCGGGCUGAACUCAUUUAAGGACAAAAACAUGCUUAAGCUUCUAGCAGGUGCUUUGAAUCACCCCAAAGCAAGCACCAACACAGCGAAAGGAAUAGAGUAUGUGAGAGAGAAGUUCAAGAUGGAUGGAAGAGACAAUGUUCCAAAAAUAGCUAUUGUCAUCACGGACGGAAGUUCAGACAAUCCUAGGGCUACCAAGCUCCAGGCUAACGCAGCUAAGAACGAGGGAAUCAAGGUUCUAGCGGUGGGGGUUGGAGGGCACAUGUUUAAAGACGAAUUGAGGAACAUUGCGUCCAAACCCAGUAAAAUGUUCACAUCUCCUACGUUUGGAACCUUGAUAACUCUAGUUACAGAGAUUAGGAAUAUGGUCUGUCAAGUUAUUACCACUACGACCACCACUACGACAACUCCAAAGAUUCCGACAAUGGCACCUAUCUAUGUUCCACCUCCAAAAGAUCUGAUCUGCAAUGUUCCUGGGGAUAUUGUUUUCCUUAUGGACGGAAGUGACAGUAUCAGUGAUGCCGAUUUCAUGCGCCAGAAAGCCUUUGUUGCCAACAUGGUGGACAAUUUUGAAAUCAGUCCAGAAGCAAUUCAUGUCGGCAUGGUGGUAUUCUCCACUAUGAUUGGAGACGUUGUAGGGCUCCAACCUGCAAAGGGUAAAUCCCUCCUCAAAAUUCUUGCGAAGAGUUUGAAACAUCCCAAAAUAGGCACCAACACAGCAAAGGGUAUACAGAGAGUUAGAAAGAUGAUGGCAGAGGAAGGAAGACAGUUUGCGCCCAAACUAGCAGUUGUCAUUACUGAUGGUCGGUCGACAAGGCCACAAGAGACUAUUAGAGAGGCAAAUCUAGCCAAGGCUGAAGGAAUAACUAUGAUUGCCAUUGGUGUAGGAACAGAGAUAUUCCAGGGUGAAUUGAGGCAGUUGGCGUCUUCUCCACAGCAGAUGUUUGAAGUCAGAGAUUUCAGUAGACUGGGCCAAAUCAUAAAUACCAUGAGAGAUCUAAUCUGUCAAGAGAUAAAGACUACUACAACCACUACCACCACAACAGAGAUGCCGACACCGCCACCGUCCACGGUGCCACCACCUGAGGGUCUUAUAUGUAAUGUUCCCGCGGAUAUUGGUAUUCUAUUGGAUGGCUCCGACAGCAUUGAUGACCGUGGAUGGACCAAAGAGAAGAACUUUGCUGCUAACUUGAUUAACAACCUUGACAUUGGCCCUGAUACAAUCCAUGCCAGUGUGGUAGUAUACAGCACAUUGAUUGGUCAAACUAUUCCCUUUAUACCUUUCAAACCGAAAACCUUGCUAACAAUUCUUGCCAGAAACCUGAAACAACCAAAAGUUGGUACUAACACUGCAAAGGGUAUUCAAAAAAUGAGAGAGUACUUCCGCACGCAAGGUCGGCCUAAUGCCCCAAAAGUCAUGGUCAUUGUAACAGAUGGUCGAUCCACUAGACCCAGUGCAACAAUAAUGGAAGCAGAACAAGCCAAGCGAGAGGGAAUCAUCGUUAUUGCAGUUGGUGUUGGCACUCAGAUCUUCAGAGAUGAACUGCGACAAAUCGCCACUAACGAAAGGAAGCUGUUUGAAGUGUCCGACUUUGCUGCCUUGCAACAAAUAAUCAUCGCCAUUAGAGAUUUAAUUUGUCAAGUUAUUACAACCACCCCGCCUAUGCCGACGACCACCCCACAACCUACCACCACCACUCUGGAACCAAUUCCCGGCUGUGAUGUUCCAGCUGAAAUCAUGUUCAUGCUACAAGGUUCACAGGGCUUGAACGGACAAAGCUGGUCAGAGAGCAAGGACUUCCUCAGCACAAUGGUCAACAACAUGUACGUCAGUCCCAGCGCGCACCAUUACGGUAUGAUCGUAUACGGUAGUGGAAUUGGAGACCACGUGGGUCUUCAGCCUUAUAAAGACAAGUUCUCCUUACAGAACUACUUCAACUCUCUGAUGAAACCAGCGACACCUGGUUCCAAUGUAGCCGAAGCUUUGAAGAAAAUGCGAGAAAUGUUCCGAGAACAAGGUCGACCGUCAGCUCCGAAGAUUGGAGUUAUGAUAACAAACGAACCGACGUCAUCCCCACGACUCUCAAUGGCUGAAACAGAUCUUGCCAAAACAGAAGGCGUCAAACUCUUUACAGUUGGAGUUGGGAACUUAGUGGACAGAAAUGAGUUGUUGAAUACAGCCACUAGUGAAAGACAUGUUCUCCUUACACCAAACACAAGGAGUUUGGAGUCUAUUCUGCCAAAUCUUCGUCACUUGAUAUGCGAAGAAAUCCAAACACCAGUCACUCCACGCCCCCCACAUCCGUCUCACAACUUUACAAGUUUGUGUGCCGGUUGCCUGUAUGACAAGGGAACAGGAUAUAACUUCUUCCCCGGUGACUGCAGUAAAUUCGUCCAGUGUUGGGAGGAUAAUGGCUACGUUCACGGUGUUGUGAAGGAUUGUCCAUUUGGAGAGUUCUGGAAACAAGAUGAAUUGAAGUGUAAACAAUCAAUACAUGUCCAUUGUAACAUGGAUCCCUGCUUACAUGCUCCCAACGGAUUCACUUACGGGAUGGACAGCAGUGGAUGUCGUGCAAAUUGGGUUUGUGUCAAUAGUCACAGUAUUGGGUCAUGUUGUGCCCCUGGAACUCACUACGUGGAGGGAAUGGGAUGUAUGAGAGGUCUAGCAUGUAACAAACCUUGUCCUCUGGGUGGUGGAAAGAUUUUUACACCUUGCAAGAAACAACCGCAUUGGGACAGAAGGUUCUACAUGGAUGAUGUUCCACAGCAGAAAAUCGUACGUCACUGUGCGCCAGGAACAAUAUUCAGCAAAGAGUACUGCACAUGUAUUCCUGAUAUGGAGGGUUUAAUACCAGUGCUGCCUGGAGAUCAGUGUAAAGCGUCAGCAUAUCUUCCAUUUGACGUGGAUUUGAAAGAUAAAUCGGGAUCAAACACAGCAGUAAUGGCUAGGAAAGUGACUGUCACGCCGUAUGGUAGCGCUCAUUUUACCGGAAAUAGUGCUUUAACCUUGUACAAGUACGCAGAUGCUACUCUGAGUGACAAGCUUCUAAUCAGCUUCAAGUUCAAAUUUGAUCGAUGGCCGGACAGUUUAGACCAUGCAGGUAGGGUAGUACAUCUGGAGAAAGGUGAGACACACUGGAGAUUUGACAUACAGAGCAAGACAUGGACACGUAACAUAACCAUUGGCGGAGGAUGGGAUGCUCAGAGACUAAUGCGCAUGUUUCGGAAGCUGAUGGGUUCCACAACAGCACAGCAGAUGAAUUUGCAUAUGAUAGAAAUUGCUAAUUCUCCUGACUUCAAAGCCUUGCUACACCAUUUAGGAUUUAUGCCUGAUGCAACCAAUGCUCUUCAAAUCCUCCGCAUUUUAUUUUCUGGAGAAGGCUCUGGUUUGAUCAGUCAGAUAAUACAGAGAAUUGGUCAUGUCCAUGGCUCUACAGAAAUCAGAAGGUUGUUGUAUAAUCUUCUUCGUAUUGAGGGAAUGAACAAGUGGAUAAGAGAUCAUACCGGAAACAAUCAUAAACAUGUUUUGGUCAACUGGCAGCGAUUCCUGAAUUCACUUAAUCUCAACGACAAAGACUGGAACAAAGGCAAGAUCCAUGGAUUUAAUGUCAACCACAACAUGGGAAAACUUAUUGCAGAUCUCUGGAGAAUAUUCGUUAACGAAAGAGGCAUGAACACAAGGGAUUGGAGGGACCUCCUCAAAAUUACCUUUGCCCCUGAUAAACACAGCCACUUGGGAAUAGAGUUUAUGAAUGAAAUUGAAGGAGUGCUUGGUCGAAACAAAACAAUAAAAGAUCUAUGGUUUGACUUUUUGAAAGGAAGAGGUGUUAGCGUUUCCAUUUUUGGAAAUUAUAGCGGGAGCAGUGGGGAAGGUCAUAAGCAUAACAAAAAACACCAGCACUUCCUCCAGUACAUAGAAGAUUUAGUACGAAGUGGAAAAGGUGGGAAAAUGUUGAACUACAUAUUGGGUGGAGGAAAAGUGCAGACCGACCACGGAGGCUUUACCCAUCAAGGUCUUGGAAACAUUGCAGAUAUCUGGAGGGAAUACGUUACAGAAGCUAGACUAGACCAGGACAGUUCCAUGUAUCCGCAUCUUACAUGGACUCGCACUGGUGGAGGAACUGGUGGACAGAGAACGGAUAUAUUUAUUGAUGAACUUAGAAAUGUUUUGGGCAAUGAUACUAUACGUAGCCAUUUCCUUGACUUCAUGCGAAAAUAUGAUAUCAACAUAGUGGGUACGAGUAAUGGAUGGAAGCUUGAACGUGGUGGCCCCACAAAUGAUGUGGGUGCUUGGUUAUAUUGGCUUUUCACCCAGACUGGAAAAACAAAAGAUGGAUCUGGAACAAACACAUCCACUUUCUGGCCCUGGUUAACUGUAGAAGGGUUAGAAGGAUUGGAUAUAAGCCUGGUAUAUGAAUGGAUAUUUGGUCCAGGUGGGUGGAAUAAUGGUGGGCGUAUAGGAAUAACCACUAACGGUAUAACCACUCUAGCGGAACUAUGGAAGCUAUAUAUGGCAGAAAAUCCAUUAGAUAGAAAUAAGUGGGGUAAUAAACUGAUCUGGACAUUGCGUAGUGGUAACAAUGGCUACAGAGAUAAUUAUUUGUUACUUAGAGAAAUGAGACACAUUUUAUCUAACCAAGGCAUGCUUAGAAGGUGGCAAGAAUUCUUAAAAACACAUAACUACAAUAUAGUACUUAAUAAUAACGGUUGGGAUGUAAUUAAAGGCGGGUCGCGCAAUGACCUUGCCGCGUUCAUUACAUGGCUUUUCGUAGUGGUAGAUGAAAUGGAGAGCUCGUCAUUAGGCACAGACUUUGACUGGAUAUUUGGAAACGACUGGAAAACGGGAAUUACAAGUACUGGUAUUCAGAUUCUCGCUCAACUGUGGACAACGUUUAUGAGGGAAACAAAUAUCGAUAAAAACGCGUGGGGGAAUGUACUCUUCUGGACACUUCGAACAAACACCGGUAAACCAGGACUACAGGACUAUAUUUUACUCCUUCGAGAAAUGCGGCACAUUCUUGGUGAUGACUAUUUCAGACAGCAGUGGUUGGAGUUCCUUGCGAGACACACAUACAAUAUUGUAUUAACACACAAUGGCUGGGAUGUAGUCAAAGGUGGAUCUCAGAACAAUAUCGCCGAAUUUAUUUUCUGGCUUUUUGCCACUGUAGACGAAAUUGAAGCUUCUGCUCCUGGAACCGACUUCAGCUGGAUAAUAAGUAUUUCAGGAUCAAACAAUUUAAGAAUAAGUAUUACUCAAAACGGACUCCAUGGCUUGAUGAAUCUGUGGGAUAUGUUCAUUGCAGAAUCAAACUUGGACAGAAAUUCAUGGGGAAGCGUUCUGUUCUGGACUUUACGUGCUCCAACAGACACUGUUCAGAACCAGCAUUAUAUUUUGCUUUUGAAAGAAAUGAGACAUGCAUUAGCCGAUAAUACAAUGAGAAGCAGGUGGCUUCAGUUCCUCUCAAAACAUAACUACAACAUUGUAUUAGUGAGAGAAGGGUGGGACAUUGUAAAAGGUGGAUCUAUAAACGACGCAUCGGCCUUCAUCUUCUGGUUAUUUAACAUUGUAGACAGUAUUGAGAAUUCAUCUAUCAGUGAUAUUGAUUGGAUUUUCACUCAAGGAAAACAGAGUUGGGAUCGAUUCAACGGAAGGGGAUUUACGAUUUCGGGGUUGCAAAAACUAGUGGUUCUGUGGGAACAGUUUCUGUCACAUAUCCACAUCGAUACGUCUUUGUUUGGGAAUAUCAUGCAAUGGACGAACAGGAAGAAGACAACCGGUGAAGUUACCCAUCAAGACUACCUUCUCUUUUUCCGGGAAAUGAGACACCUACUGGACAACGAGAUGAUUAGAAAUCAAUUUAUCGAUUUCAUGGCCAAUAGCGGAUAUAACAUCGUUCUUACAACCGUGGGAUGGGAAGUGGAGCUUGGAGGAACACGAAACGACAUUGCUGGUUUUAUCUAUUGGCUUGUUACGACUGUUGACGUCAUCGAGUCGUCGGUACCAGGAACGAUAAUCGAGUGGCUGUUCAUCACAGAUGUUACGUCGUAUAUCGGUACGUCAUCAAAAAAUAAGUUUGCUCUUAAUGGUAUAAGGUCCCUUGCAAAGUUAUGGGAAAUAUUUCUCGCGCAAAAUAAAAUCAUUUCACAGAAGUGGGGUAAAGAUUUACUUUGGACUCUGCGAAAUGUCAAAGGCGCUGACAAAGUUAAUUUUGUUUUACUAUUGCAAGAAAUGCGAAAUAUCCUCAUUAAAGGCGAUUUUAAAAAUAAAUGGAAAAAGCUUCUAACAGCGCGUAAGUGCAAUGUUGCCUCCACAUUAAAUGGAUGGGAUUGUUAUUGUGGUGCUAACAUCAAAAGAGACGAUACAGACGCUUUUCUUUAUUGGCUAUUCAAAUCUUUUAGUACAAAAGAGUGGCAUCACUCGACGCGAUUGAAACUGAACAGUCGCAUUCCUUUUGCUCCAAGUGGAAUCAGAGCAUUGGCACGAUUUUGGCGCUGGUUUGUUUCGCGAAAAAGUGUUCGCAAAAGGGGCUGGCAGAAAAAGCGAUGCUGGAGUAAAAAAAGAAAUAUCAACUAUUUAUCUCUUAUUAAAGAGAUGCGCAGCAUUUUAGGCAUUACUAGUGUGCGUCGUUCUUGGCUCCGCUGCAUGAAAAGUUACAGCCGUCAUGUUGUACUGACAACAGAAGGAUGGGAUGUAUUAAGUCAGGGCUAUGCCAAUGACAAUAAAUUGUGGGUCUAUUGGCUCUUUUCUGCAUAUGAUGAGCUGAUAUCAACAUCAACAAAAGCCCAGUAUAAUUGGUGGUUCGCAGGUAUAGGGAACUAUUCAGACUGGAGGGCUGUAGACACACCCACUGGAGGUCACAGGGAACUUCCCUUUGGCCCGGUAGUGAGGAAAUACUACUGGGACUUUGACGACGAGGGCUGGCACAGACGUCUGUUCACUGGUUAUCCGUCAGGCUGGUUCGGUUUAAAAUACGGUUUCACAAAAUAUGGACGUAAGCAUAUAAUGAAUUUAUGGAGAAGGUUUAUUUCUCAGUUGAAGUUACAAAAAUUCUCAUGGAAGGACAAACUUGUUUGGUCCGACCGUGAGGACUUUUCUGAAUCAGUUUCGGAAUACAUGGAUUUUAUCACAGAAAUGCAAAGUCUACUAUUCAAUACUUCUUGUAAAGAAGAUUGGUUAAAAUUUUUAAACAAUCAAAAAAUCCGCCUGUCGUUAACGGAGAAUGGAUGGGACGUCAAUGAUGACGAUCAUGACGCCGACAACAGUGAAUGGGUCAGGUGGCUGCUUCUAUUUCCUAUUGCUGGCUCAGGUUCAUCUUGGAUAGGGGGAACUUCCAGCGCCUCUUCGUCAGGAGGCAUCAGUGGUCACCAUGUGAACUCGGCUUUUGGCGAGGGCUGGUCUAAUAUACUCUUUGGCGGUCCUUCCGGUUCUCAUUCAGGCGGAAGUUCGGGUGGUUCAUCCACCGAGUCUUUAGACUCUAUUUUGAAAAGUCUCUCUACUGGUUUCGCAGGUGGCUCUGGUACAAGUUCCAUGCAGGACAGUCUAGAUUACUACGGAGGAGGAUACGGCAUGGGGGAUAUGCUUGGUUUAAUGGCUGCGGACGAAUUGAUGAGGAAGAAACGAUCUACCGAUAAUGUACGACAAAAACGUCAGGCGCACUCAUCUUUCCACUAUCAGUCAUUGGUUGGCAAUUGUUAUGGUAACAACCCUUCAAUAGAUAUUGCAGCCAAUGAACAAAAUGUAAAAAUGACAUUGGUAACUGAAGGCAGCAGUCAGCCAGGGGAACUUAUCCUGCCAAUAGUCAAGGGGUGGAAUGAAGUUACUCUAGUGUACAAUGGAAGAGAUAUGCAUGCAAUGGUCAAUAACUGGCAGGGAGAAAAGAAGACAUCUAUACCAAUGAGAGGAAAUAUUCAGUCCAGACCAGAAGGAAUUUCGCUGGGUUCCUGUCCAAAAUAUGAUGGUCUCAAAGGAAAAAUAGAUGACUUUGUGUUUUAUGAGUGCAUUCCAUUGGCUAUACAGAACAAGAUUGGACAGUUGUAGCCGUGGCGUGUGUGAAAACUUUUUUUAAAAUUCCUCUCCCUCCCUUUGACAACAAGAGGAAUGUUUACAUCUUUCAUCAUUAUUCAUCUUCAUGGGAUGUGCAGUUAACAUGGACUGAGGAAUUCUAUCCGACAGAACAAUGUAAUAGUACCAUAUUCUGGGGUUCCCGAAAACCUGUUAUUAACAACUUUGACAAAAGAGUUUGUCUCAUUAACAACAUACGUACCUAAACAGAACAAAUAAAAUCAUUCGUUACAAGUAUGGUGCUCUAGUCCCAAACUAAGAGAAACUGUUGUGUAAAAUAAAUCAUAUUUACUGAGGAAA